AUGGACUGUGUCUUGUCACUUUUUCUGGGUUUAUUUAUCAUACCUGUCUCUUGUGAUUUUCCUCCUGGUUCUUGUGACGGAUACACUGCGAUAAAUGAACCAUGGCGGAACCGAGCCUUUGCAUCUACCCCUUUUACUGGUUAUUCCCAAAAUGAUACAAAUUUUCUUGAGAAAUGGUUGCGCUUUACAGGGAUCGGUGGAGACACAGUUGUUACAUCAUGUGUAACAGUCCAACCUGAUAUCGAUGAGUGCACAAGGACUAAAGGAAUUUGUGGUCAUAACACCAACUGUUACAAUACACCUGGGUCAUACAGUUGUAACUGUUGGAAAGGAUUUCAACUACCGAAGCCAAUACUAAAAAGUAAACUGGCCCCCGGCUGUGAAGAUAUUGAUGAAUGUCUUAGUGGUGUCUGUGGGCCAUACGGGACCUGCUACAACACCAUAGGAAGUUUUGUGUGCAACUGCUCUACAGGCUUUAGGGCUAAUUAUAGUAUGUCCCCUGUUUGCCAAGAUAUUGAUGAGUGUUUCAACUCAACGAUAUGUGGUCCAUAUUCUAUCUGCCAAAACCUGCCUGGAAAUUACUCCUGUAGCUGUAAGGUGGGUUUUGAACCAAUGGAUAAAACUAACCAACCCAAUGAGACCAACGUCUGCACUGAUAUUAAUGAGUGUACCCUACCAGUGUGUAGUACAUGUAUAGACAUCUGCGGACCAGAUUGUAACUGCUCAAAUACAAUUGGAUCUUACUUGUGCACCUGUAUCCCUGGUUAUCGGAUUAACAACCCAGCCUUUAUAGCCAGCUAUGAUAACCCAUGCAGAGAUAUUGACGAGUGCACUGAGACACCCGGUAUAUGUGGUAAAAUGACUGUGUGCACUAAUGUACCGGGUACCUUUUAUUGUUCCUGCCCCGAUGGAUUGUUCCCCACAACUGGAAUCGUUGCCUGGAUAUUGAAUGUCACAUACUGUCAAAGCGUUGAAGAUGCUCUAAAUAAAGUUCCAGUCAAAGAGGGUCAGACAAAAGAAAUAUCGUUCAUCAGCAAUAUGCAAGAUGACCUGACAAACAAUACAGGUGCCUUCAUACCAGAAGCGACCGUAGCCAACAGCUUUGCUGCAUCUAUGGCCGUGUCCGGUGUUGGACCACAAGCCACACAAAGCAAGGUGAGUAGUGAAGGAGAUGGGGCGAUGGGCAACGCAAUUCUUGACCUUUCAGAGUAUAUCGUUGUUGCAAUGACUCCACCUACCGAAAACCAAACCAAAAAGGAAGUCCACUCUUCAACAGUGGAUCUGACCCUGCUGGCCAUUGGUCCAGGGAGUAAGGAUAACUGGAAUACCUCCCUCUCUGCUAAUGAAAAUACCAUGGACUUCAACUUGCAGGCUAUAGCUCAUGCUAACAAUGGAUCUGCAACAGCUGCUUUUAUGACACUGAAUGGGAUGGAGAGUCUUCUCAGUCAUCAGUAUUUCCAAACAGAGAAAAAGACAGAGAUGUGUUCGGAUGUUAUCACAGCCAUAAUACCAGUUAAUAACACUAACCUCACAGAGCCUGUCAACUUUACUAUCUACCAUAGGAAGGAAAUACCAGAAACAGGAACAGUCAGUUGUGUUUACUGGAAAACCACAGAAACUGUAGAAGGAAAGUCUAUGAGCUGGUCAGAGGAAGGCUGCUGGAUUGCAUUCUCUAAUGAAAACUAUACAAUCUGCAGCUGUUCUCACCUUUCUACAUUCGCCCUGAUCAUGCAGAUUGGGGAGCCUACACCAUCAAAUCCUUUUUUAGAGUGGCUGAACCGGGUAUGUGUGAUUAUUGGACUAUUCUUCUUGGCUUUGGCCAUCUUUACCUUCCUUCUGUGCAGCUGGAAUCCCAAAAUUAACAACACGGCCCGUCUUCACCUCUGCCUCAACCUGUUUUUUUCACAACUGCUCUUGUUGUGGAAUGACAAAUACACUGAUAAUAAGCUGGCCUGCACUGUCAUGGCAGGGCUUCUCCACUUCUUAAUUGUUGCCAGUUUUGUGUGGAUGUUGCUGGAGGCACUACAGCUCCACUUGUUGGUACGGAGGCUCUCCAAGGUGCAAGUCAUCCGACGAGAUGGCCUCCCCAGGCCAAUUCUCUACCUUGUUGGCUAUGGUGUUCCAUUUGUAAUAGUGGGUGUUUCUGCGCUAAUUUACUCUGAUGGAUAUGGUGUUACCUCCUCAAAUGUAUGCUUUCUCUCUACAAAGCGAAAUUUCAACUGGGCUUUAACAGGACCUGUUAUUGCUGUUCUAGCAAUCAACUGGUUAUUGUUCCUUGCUACUCUCUGGAGUCUGAGACCCACUUUGGCCAACAUGAAGAGUGAUGUUUCUCAAUCCAAAGACACCAGGUUGAUCGUUUUCAAAAUCGUGGCGCAGUUUGUCGUGCUGGGCUGUACAUGGAUUCUGGGCCUGUACCAGACAAACCUUUUCUUCCAGGUCCUCUUCAUCAUCCUCAACUCCCAGCAGGGGACAUUCCUGUACAUCGUACACUGUCUGCUAAACAAGGAGGUGCGAGAGGAAUACAUUAAAUGGCUGACAUGCUCUAUUGGAAAAGAGGCGGCUGAGGAAAAAGAUGUGGGUUCAGUCACCGAAGAUUUCGACAAGCCUGAGAACCAAAACAAUGAAGGGAAGAAGGACCACUAA